UCUAACGCCAUUUCGCUCAGUCAGCAUUUUGGAUUAUCAAAGCAAGAACGAAAAGUAAGCAUGGUCGGGUUUCCAGUCCGUGGGAAGAGGUCGGUGGUCCUCCUGACGGCAACAACAAUUCUUAUGGCGACGAUUUUCCUCAGCUUUUAUAACUACGGUAGCAGUAUACACAAACACUUAUUUCAAUACGAACGUGUGCGAAAAAUGACUACGACACGCGUAAACGUAACAAAAAAUGAUACAAACUGGAAGAAUAUUAGCAGUUUUGGUCGGACGCCCUCUUUUGAUAAUUACACGUGUGAUAAAAGUGUUAAUGGGGCAGACACGUGCAAGAUGAUCGAAGGGAGGAUCACGGAAGCGGAACACACCGCCAUGAUAGAUAAUCUACGAGACUUUGUGAGAUUGGCCGAGAACAGGAGCUGGACCUAUUGGCUUCACGCGGGCUCGUUGCUAGGGAGUUGGCGCCACCAUGGCAUGAUCAAAUGGGACACAGACAUUGAUAUAUUUGUGGAUAUAAAAAAUCGAAGCGAUCUUAUCCAAACGUACGAUUCGCUGAAGGAUGUCUUUGGGUAUUUUGUGUACCACCAAAACGUGCUGGUGUUCUAUCAGAACCGUUCAAUUGUCCGGAGUAACAAAUACCCAAACGAAAAGUGGCCUUACAUCGAUAUUGUAUUUUACACAAAAGAUGCAACUCAUAUUUGGGCAGUCGGUUGGCCUGGCAGCUUCUCGAAAACCAAACACCCAAAACGUGAUGUAUUCCCCCUCAAGAAACGUCCAUUCGAGGGCAUGAUGGUAAACUCUCCAUGCCAUCCGAUGGAUUACUUCAAACUUUUAUAUGGUGAUAUCAGUCAGUGUAAGACGCAUGGGUACAACCACAAAGUCAUGGCGGGGGAUAAAAUUAUACAACGCAGUUGUGAGGUUCUUCACGACCUAUUACCCUAUGUACAUCGGACAUCAAGGAACGGGACACUAGAGGAGGUGUUGAUUUUUAGGAAAAAGUUGUUACACAAAGUCACUGUCAAUAUCUAGUGUGGCGAAUGUGCUUUGACCAUUUUGUAUGCUUUCGGAAGUCGACUGACGUCUUUGAGAUAUUUCUUCUUUUUUUUAGUAUUGCACGGCAAGAACCACCAUUCUUCCUUUAACAUAUUUCUUCGGCAAAUUUAAACUCCACACCAUGAAGUACAUGUACAGAUCGUUAACAAAUAGUAUAUGUAUAUACAUGUAUACGGUAUCGAUUGUUCCCCUCAUUGUUUCGCAAAGCUGUAAAAUGACAUAUAUUUGUAUGUCUAUUGCAGUUCAAUGAUUUUUCAAUGAUCCUGAUUUAAGAAGUUGCGGUUCUGCUGGGAGCUGUAUUUGUAUGGAAAACCAACAUGUCUUAUACACAACUUGGCAGUGACUUACGGAGGGCGUUGUAGGAUUUUUUCUCAAAAAUCGACGAUACCUUAAGAAUAAUUUAAUACUGAUUCUUAAAAUAUCGCCAAUUCUUUCAAAGUCUUUGAAAGAAUUGGCCGAGAGAGACUCGGUAUACUUUCAACGAUUCACUUCUAAAGUCUCUCUCCUAAAUGAUUGUAUGCUUAGUAAGCCAACAAUGUUUAAAGCUAUCAUCUGUAUAUGUAAGCACAUUAUCAA